GUUAAAGCCCGACCUCGAUAAACAUCUCCCAGCCGACAACCUCCACGACCAGCUUCGGGACCCCAUAACACCGCCAAGAUGGUCGCCGCAAAGAAGCAUGUUGCUAUCGUGAAGAAGCACCCGAAGCGCUUCAACCGACACCAGUCGGACAUGUUCAAAUGUGUCCCGACUUCAUGGCGUAAACCAAAGGGUAUCGACAACCGCGUUCGCAGACGGUUCAAGGGCCAGGCUGCUAUGCCCAAGAUCGGUUAUGGCAGCAACAAGAAGACAAGACACAUGAUCCCCUCUGGCCACAAGGUCUUCCUUGUCAAGAACCCCAAGGAUGUCGAGCUUCUCCUCAUGCACAACCGCACCUAUGCCGCUGAGAUCGCCCACGCUGUUUCUUCUUCCAAGCGCGUCGACAUCAUCGCCAAGGCCAAACAAUUAGGCGUCAAGAUCACCAAUCCCAAGGGCAGAGUCACCACGGAAUCAUAAGCGCAGUCCGUCGUGUUUCUUUUUUGCUGGGGUCGGUGCGUGGUUGGGUGUGUGUUUUUUAUGGCUCUUUUUCCUCACCCUUUUCCUCCAUGUUCUUCAUUACUGGGACAAGAAUAAAGCGGCCGGCAUAUGAUACGAAGGAGAGAUAGAUAUACUUCUACUUUCUGCACCUCCUUUUUUUUCAAAUUAACGAGUGGGAAAAUAUAAUGGAAAUAUUUUGCUCGUUAUGACUUCAUCUACGGCCUGUUUAGGACAUGGUGAUUAGUCCAUGCUGGAGCCGAAUGGAAGAAGGAAAGGAAGCCAUUUUGCCUCUUGCCAUGGUGUAGGGAAUACUGGCGUAUGAGACGAUUCAACUGAGAUACAGGUGAUUAAGAUGAAUGCCAUUUCAACACAAACCUU